AUUACCUCUGUUCCAUCUAUAUACCGAGAUGGAAAGCUUGGUGAUUCCUACGCAAGAAGUUCAUAUCGAUAUUGAUGACUCGACAUCGAUCAGUAAAGAGAGAAACACUGACCUCGUUCAUGCCAAACCCAUUGUUCUAAUGUCUAUUUUGAGUGGUCUCCAUGCGGGCUAUUUCAGAAUAAGCCUCUCUCUCUGCAGCCAAGCUCUGCUGUGGAAGAUAAUGAUUGCACCUGAUUCAAUGAGCAUGUCCCAUUUGCAUAGCAAUCUCCCGUCUAUGGCAUUCCAUCUCCUGUGGUACUUAGCACUUGCAACACAACUGUUACUCUGUCUUUUGUAUGCGUUGAAGUGUUUUUUCUUCUUUGACAUGGUGAAGGAAGAGUUCUCCCAUUAUAUUGGAGUGAACUAUCUUUACGCUCCAUCCAUCUCAUGGCUUAUCUUGCUUCAGUCAGCUCCCAUGAUGGAACCACAAAGCAUUUUGUAUCAGACAUUAUUCUCGGUGUUUGCUCUUCCGGUCUUGACCCUCGACACAAAGCUUUAUGGCCAGUGGUUCACAACAGAGAAAAGGUUUUUGUCGAUGAUGGCAAACCCGGCAAGCCAAGUAUCAGUAAUAGCAAACCUAGUGGCUGCAAGGGGAGCAGCAGAGAUGGGUUGGAGAGAGUGUGCUCUAUGCUUGUUCUCGCUAGGGAUGGUUCACUAUUUGGUUAUCUUUGUCACACUUUAUCAACGCCUACCAGGUGGAAACAACUUCCCGACCAAGCUGAGGCCAGUUUUCUUCUUGUUCUUUGCUGCACCAGCCAUGGGAAGUUUUGCUUGGAACUCUAUUUGUGGAAGCUUUGAUCCUCUAGCAAAGAUGUUGUUCUUUCUUUCAAUCUUCAUCUUCAUGUCUCUGGUCUGUAGGCCAAAUCUUUUCAAGAAGUCAAUGAAGAGAUUCAAUGUCGCAUGGUGGGCUUACUCGUUUCCAAUCACCUUUCUUGCUUUAAACUCAGUUCAGUAUGCACUGGAGGUGAAAGAACAGGUCGCUGCUGGAUUAAUGCUCAUCUCCUCAUCUAUCUCAGUUUUGAUUUUCCUCGGUUUGAUGAUACUGACAGCAGCAAACAGCAAUCGACUACUCAGACGUGAUCCUGUUCUCGGUUCUGUUACUAGUCCAAAAGUCAAGUCAAGGCAAAGAAGCUAGUCUUCUUAAGAUUUUCCACUUACAAAACCAAGUUUUUUUUUUUGGUAAACAUGUUAAGAUUAUA